AUGGCAUCCCUUUUCAUUCUUACCAUACUCAUUUCCUUUCUUUUGAGCCCAAUUGCUGCUCUACCCCUAGCAAUCGAGUCCAGAGCGGUCUCCCAGACUCUAUUAGACCAGCUUUCCUUCUAUGAACAGUAUGCGGCAGCAGCAUACUGCCCGGCAAAUAACUCACCGGGUUCAACAACAGCUAUCACUUGCGAGGCAGGAAACUGUCCACUGGUGCAAACUGCCGGUGCACAAUCUGUCCUUGAAUUUCAGGACGUUGGCAUAUCCGAUGCUACUGGCUACGUUGCCCUAGAUCAUACCAACGGAUUGAUAGUUAUAUCUUUCAGGGGUUCUCGGAGCGUUCGAAACUUCAUCGCAGACAUUAAUUUUGCCUUGGUACCUUGGUCGAUUUGCACUGGUUGUUCCGCACAUGCUGGAUUCCUUGAAUCUUGGCAGAGCGUUAGAUCUAUUGUCCAGGGUGCCGUUGAGGGCGCACGUGUCGCAUAUCCCAACUAUAAAAUCGUAUCGACUGGCCACUCUCUGGGUGGUGCGCUUGCCACACUUGCCGCUGCUGACCUGAGGAAGGGUGGUUACACGAUCGAUCUGUUCACAUACGGAUCGCCAAUGGUAGGCAAUCGCUUACUAGCAACAUUUAUCACCGGACAAACAUCUGCCAACUUCCGCGUCACUCAUGCGCAGGACGUUGUCCCUAAACUUCCUGGCUAUGCAUUUGGCUUUGCACACGUCUCGCCCGAAUAUUGGGUCACUUCGGCCACUGGCGUCGCUGUCACGUCGAAUGAUAUACAGGUCUCGAGUGGCGUCGUCAACUUCAAGGGAAACCAGGGGACCCUGGGGAACAGUAUCGACGACCACCUUUGGUAUUUCAACAACAUUUCAGGUUGUGGAGGAGAUACACUCGAAUUCAAAGAGUAA